AUGACAGCUGAAAGAUACAAAGCCUUCGACACUGCUGGCGAUACUCAACAAGACAUCGGAGGCAGCUUAUCCCUGCAUAUACACUAUACUGCAGAUACUGCUGACCAUGCCUGCCACAUCCGCCUCAUGACGGUGUAUUACACGUGUACGAGCACGUGUUACCGCCAGGUUUGCUGUGAGGGAUACAAAGGCUCCGACUGCAACACACCCUUGUGUUUUGGGUCUACAUCAUGUUUGAACAACAACCAGUGUACAGGUCCUGACCGAUGCAGCUGCAAAAAUGGCUACCACCUUCCAAAAUGUGAAGAUACAAACGAGUGUUCCUCAAACAAUGGUGGCUGCCAGCAGGUGUGCAGAAACAACGUGGGAUCUUUUGUGUGUUCAUGCAAUAGUGGAUAUACGCUAAAAGAUGACCUUAAAACUUGUGAAGAUACGAACGAGUGCAAUUUAAGGAAUGGAGGAUGUGCUCACACGUGUACUAAUAAGCCAGGGACGUUCCAAUGCAGCUGUAGAGAUGGAUAUACACUUGCUUCGAACGGACACGGAUGCAGUGAUAUAAACGAGUGUUCUGUUGGAACCUCUCAGUGCGGCCAUAGUUGUACCAACACAGAUGGUUCUUAUACGUGUUCCUGUAGAACAGGAUACCAACUGGCUGAUGAUAGGAAGGCAUGCGUCGACAUAGAUGAAUGCACCCUAACUCCGUUCCCCUGUGACCACCAAUGUCGCAACACUCCCGGAUCUUAUACAUGUGGUUGUGAAACUGGAUAUUACCUUGAGACUGGUACACAGUCUUGCAAAGACAUAGACGAAUGUCAAGGCAUCAUAUGUGAAAAUGGUGGAUUUUGUUUUGACAACAUUGGAGGGUACACCUGUUCCUGUGCUAAAGGCUACACGGGAAUACACUGCGAACUCGAUAUAAAUGAAUGUUCUGGAUUUGUUAAUGGCGGCUGUGAGGAUAGAUGUAUUAACACAGUGGGUUCAUUUGCUUGUAAAUGCAGCGACAACAACACCCUGAACGAUGACGGUUUCACUUGUACUGGUUCAACUGGACCAAGUGUGUUCUCAAAGUAUGGGUUGGUGCGACAGUUUCUACCCCAAGGUUGCUCAACAAUUCUUCUACCAACCAACGGCGAGGGAGCUGAUGUUUAUAUUUUACUUUCAUCAACAUCCCAGUGGUACAGAUUAAAAACUGAUCAAGAAAUAAUUUAUACCUAUGGUGUCGUAUUUGUUGAAACUAACGCUAAAUCGCUACCUUUGUCUUUAUCAGGCAUGGAAGUUGUGAUUAGAAACGAAAAUUUUAAGAUAACUACCGGGUCUUUGGAACGUGAUGUCAAUGAUGGCGUUCCAUAUGGAGAAGAAAGAAUGCGUAAUUGCUGGACAUUCGAUGUAACGUCACGAGAUCUAAGAGAAUUUCUAGUUUCCAAUUCUUUUUUAUUAUCAUAUUUUCACAGUAUUGGGAUUUCAUUUCCUGACUGGCUAAAUUUCUUACCAAAUGAAAAUGAAAUACUAAGUGUUAAUGAUUUGCAAACCUCUCUCAGUACUGGUGACGAUAUUCAAAUGACAGAAUGCAAAGGGGCACCUUUGUAUUCUGGACGCCUUUAUACUACUCUGAAGUUUGGCAAUAGUUUUGCGAUGUCUAUAUAUGGUCAGGUAAUUACUUUUCCAACGGCAGUCAGUAACAAAAAGUUUUGCAUCAUUGUUGAUAUCUUCAAUGAUUAUGGUGGAUCUGUAUUCCUUAUCUUGCCUGAAGAAUCAAGAGACAUUCUGGACAAAUUUGACAUGUUCAAAAAGCUGCUCAACGAUGCUGGUGUUUACAUCCGUCCGAUAGGAUUAGGGUUCUCUCUUCAGAAAAACAUCAACGUCCAUGCAAAGACAACCCAUUUACAGCAAUGGAACGGGGAUGAACUUAUUCAGUAUCCAGUGUUUCAAGAAGCAAACAUAUGGAUUGGAGGUGAUGCCCGAAUAGAAACGGACAUAUUAAGAUUAUCAGGAACAGCAAAUGCGUUUAUUUCUAUUCCUUUUCCAAUAAAAAUGCUGGAAAGUUUAUUCCUGGAGGAAUGGAAUUUUGUGGUGAGACUUCAAGCGCUUGGUGAUUUAGAAUUUACCUUUAAAACUCCGUUCGGAAACCAAAUUAUUCGAGGCAGUAGCAGUGGUGAACUAAACGCUCUUGCAUCGCUUGGAGGAUCUAAUCAAAGAAUCCUUUGUGGCCGCGAUGAGACACCUGCAGGAGUAUUCUUGUCGGUACUUUUCAGCGCUGAAGCCUUUCUCGAUGCACCAGUUUUGCGAAUAAUUAAACCAGGUGUCAAUGUAAAAGCCUACGUUUUUCUUGCCAGCGAUCAAAAAGCCCCUGCAUUCAAUCAAACACAUAUUUAUGUAGCAAACGAACUACUUGAUUUGAAACACAUUAGCGUACGGUUCGUCAAUCUUACACGAGACAUUUUAACUAGGUAUCAAACGCUGUUGACGAAUCAUUCAACCAUACUGCUUAAUACGGUAAUUGAAACGAGUCAGAAUCUUUUGGCCAUUGUUGGAAACGUUUCACAAGGAAUAAGUUACUCAAAUAUACACGAUUUGCAACAAAUUAUUCAGCGAAUAUCUUGGGUAUGGCAAGUUGGAUGGACACAGUUACAAAAUGAUACGAAUGUGUUUUUGGAUUCGAUAAUAGACAAUACACUAAUUGCCAAGCAUAACGUAACACAGAAUAUAAGGAAAGAAACAAAUGCGAUACGAAACAGAGUAAAUAGGUUGAUCAAGCAUGUGACUGUUCAAGCCUCUGUGGUGUUAAGGGAUAUGAAUGGAGCUGGAUUUCGCUUUACGGGUGACCUUGAUAUUUUUGGUCUGAAGAUUAUAGGACUAGAAAUUGAGCUUGUGAGUUCCAUAGACAGUCUGGGGGCAUGCAGCCGCUUUGAGCGCGCGUAUAGUGUUCUGGAAGGCGAAAGAGCCAUCAGAGCUAUGGCUGUUCUCUCAUCUGGACUAGUUAAGAUCGCACCAUUCCUGCGAAUAGAUGCUGGGGUAGGAAUUGGACUAGCAAUGAGCUUGGAUGUAAAUGGUAAAUUUGCUGUUUCUGUACGUGUAGAAGCUAAAUUUCUUGACAUGAGGGCCCAAACAGACAUGUUGAUAACAAAUAAGGGUUUAUAUCUAUAUGUGGAAGGAAAUGUUUGGAACACAUUCAAAGCACAACUACAAAUAUCUGCAGAACUUGGAAAGGAAUGGUACCUUUUGUCAUAUGAUGUGAAUGGAAGUUUUGUUGCCGAUGCCGACGGAGAUGGUAGUUUCGGUGAUGGUUAUUUAGCUGCUCUUCGUAGAUUUACAAAAACAAUUGGUGAUGAUGCCAACAAAAGAAUCAGUAAAUUACAGGACGGUAUUGCAAAGGCUCAGACAGGGUUAACAUCAGCUCAGGACUGGCUAGAAGAUAAGAAGGUCAUUUUCCGUAGUGCAAAUUCAAAAUUCGACGAUGCUGUACGAGCAUUUGAUAGAGCUAAUGAUAAAUUGGAAGAGGCAAAGAAACCAUUUGAAGACGCAUUGAGUCAACUUAAUGAAGCACAACAAAUUGUUGACAAUUUAUGUAGGAUUAAAAACUGCAAGAAAAUCUGUAUUCCAGGAACUAAAUGUACCAUAUGUCGCAAACGGGUCUGGGGACGAACAAUAUCAUACCCAUGUUGUAAAUUUACGAGCUGCAUGAUUUCAUUUCGUGAUCCAGUUUGCACGGGACUUAACGUCUUAUGCAGUGCUGUUCGAGGCAUUGCAUAUUUAGCACUAGAAGCAGCCAAGGUAUUUGUUCGCAUUCCAAUGCUCGCCUUGGAUGCUGCAAAAAUGGCCGUGUCGGCUGCGCAAUUCAUUGUUGAUCAAUCAAGGGUUGUCUUGGACAUAGCUGAAGCUGCACUUGAUUUUGCUAAACUUGGAUUAGAGGCGGCUAAAGGGAUUUUGGAAACUGCAAAGAUUGCUCUUGAAUCCGUUAAACAGGUAGUGAAAUUAGGUGUUACUGCUUUAAAUUUUGUGAUACAAUAUGGAUUAGAAAGUAUCAUUGAUGUGCGAAAUUGCGGAUUUGAAGUAAAACUUUCAACACAUGAUAAAGCCGUUUUUGAUGUGAAUUGCGAGGUUAACGCCUUUAAAACCGGGUUUAAAACUAUUAAACUACGCAUCAACUUUAAGGACAGUUACCAAAGUUUGUGGUAUGCUGCUAAAGAAACAAUUACAUCUAUACUAAAUGGAAUCGGAAACUUCGGACGCAAACGACGAGAUAUUGAAUAUGAUUCUCUAAAUUUAUUGUACAAACAUUAUAGAAAAACAAGGGAUAAUCAUAUUAAUUCCACAUUUAACAAUGAAACCAUUGACAUUAUUGCUGAUACAUAUGGCUUUAAAAAUAAUCAGACGGACACUGAAUAUGGCAUACGGACAGAAAUUUUUCUGCACAAUUGUAUUAAAUUUAAAAAUAUCCAUAGUUUCCUGUUGGACACAACACAGGCCUUGCACGACAUGGCGGACGAAACAGCGAGAACUGUGAUGAAUUCGACAUUUGUACAGGAUGAACUUCUGGAUUUAAAAGAAAACAACUUCAUAGCCAACGCAUCGCUAACGGAUUUGGGAAUUGAUCUGAAAGUUGCAGAGACUGAAUUCAAUAUAACCUUCACUGAAUUAACUGAAACCAUUGACAUCGCUAAAGAAAACUUCUAUGCUGAUUCGUAUAUAUCGGAUGCGGACGCAGUUUCUGGGGCAGCGGCUUCAAUGUUUCAAAAUCAAACCGAUGAUGCAAAUAACAUAGAAAUUAUCAAUUAUUGGAUUGUCGCCAUGGAAAAUGUAGCAAACGAAUAUUUCAGCGCCGAUACUUGUGUCUCAUUUCUGGAUUGCGCACAUUACGCUGUUGCAUCACUCUAUGAAAUGGUUUUACCAUCAACGGAUUUGCCUAACAAGGACGACUACUUACAAAGUAUAUCCACCUUAGAGGACAUAUUUCUGAAAUUGACUAGUAGCCAUUCGCUGAAAAUCCUGGAGGUAUACAACAUGUCUCUAAGUCUUCUGGACCACAUAGAUGCGAUUAAUGACUCCAACGUUUUUUGUUCAACUUCACCUACCCAGGUUUUCCAAGUUGAAAACCAAACUGCAAGAGAAGGCCAAACAGUUUACCUUGCAUGCAAUGCCACAGGAAAUCCUUUCCCGACAUUCAUGUGGUUUAAGGACGAUGAACAAAUCACCAACUCGUCGACAAGUAUUAUGAUGACCAUCCAUAAUGUGACCCAUUCUGACGAAGGUAGUUACCACUGUGAAGCAUCCAACUUGGUCACAAGCCUUAUCAUGCCGGAGAUGUACAUCCGUGUGACAGGAAUUGAGGAAAUACCUGAUGCUUCAACUUCAACUCCAAACACUGAAGAAAUAGAGGAAACAUUCGACAUUGCAUCUUCAACUCGAAAUCCUAAGGAUGCGUUUCCAAUUACCCUUGUGUUGAAACUAACGACAGCCGUCCUUGUACUGGCUGUGAUAGUUGUGGCAUGUGGAGUAUUGUGCUAUAAACAUUCGUUGAAUAAAAAGUUCAGAGCUGUUGGAGCGAUAAAGACAUAGUCAAUCCAGUGUUAUUUCUGAGAAAAUAGGUAGUGGCGGAUAUAAACAGGCCCAUUACAUCAAUUUAAGGACAUCGCACGUUUAGACAUUCCAUAGCCUCAUUAUUGUUCAUAUAUCAUCAGUGUGUACCUUACUGCCUCAACUAG